AUGUCUGCCCUACUGCAAUUUAAAGAGAGAUACCAAAUCACCAAUGUUUCAGCUGAUCCUCUCGCUCAUCCCAAGACUCGAUCCUGGAAAAACAAUCAGGAUUGCUGCUCCUGGGAUGGGAUCGACUGCGACAAGAACACGGGCAAUGUAAUUGCUCUUGACUUGGGAAGUAGUUUUCUCUAUGGUUUUAUCGACAACAACAGUACUCUCUUCCAACUUGCUCGUCUUGAAAAGCUCAAUCUCAGCUAUAAUGACUUCAACUACUCUCAGAUACCAUCCGGAAUUGGAGAUCUAUCAAGAUUGACUCAUCUCGAUCUCUCUGCUUCCGUUUUUUCCGGUCGAGUCCCAUCAGAAAUUUUCAAGCUGACGAGGUUGGUGUACCUCAACCUGUGUUGCAAUCUGGAUCCAUAUACUUCUACACUUUUGUUGGAAAUGAAACCACCAGGCCUGAGAAGCCUAGCUCAAAACCUAACAAGCCUGGAAGUACUUCGCUUGGGCGUCGUCAACAUGUCGUCCGAGGUGCCCUACAAUCUGGCGAAUCUGUCUUCCUUGAGAACGCUGAACAUGGAUGUGUGCGUCCUGCACGGUGUAUUUCCGUCUGCCAUUUUUAACUUACCGAAGCUACAAUAUCUUGGGGUGGCUGAUAACGGAGCUCUCACAGGACGAUUCCCUGAAUUCAAUAUGAGUAGUCCUCUCGAAGAGCUGCGACUACUUGGCACAAUCUUUUCUGGAGAGCUACCCGCUUCAAUUGGUAAUCUCCGUUCCUUGCAGUUAUUGAAUCUUAAAUCCCAAACAUGCAAUUUGACAGGGUCGCUACCCGCGUCAAUGGGAAAACUUCCUUUGUUGAGAUAUCUCGACAUAUCUGGUUGCAAAAUCUCAGGAUCCAUUCCCACUUCAUUCGCUAAUUUUAGCAACCUUGAAUACCUAGAUGUUGCAAUGAACCCAUUCACCGCCCAGUCCAUCUCCUCUUUUUCUUGGGUUUGGAAGAAUAAGAAGCUCGCCACUUUGAGCCUCGGGAUGAUCAAUUUAUAUGGCGAGAUCCCACCUUCAAUCGGAAACUUGUCUCAGCUUGUAGACUUGAGCUUUCUUGGCAACCAAUUGAACGGUACCAUCCCAUCUCAGCUCUCGAACCUCACUCAGCUAACUAGUUUGUCCCUCCGAACCAAUCACCUAUGGGGUUCUAUACCGUGUUGGCUUGUGAACAUGACACAACUGGUUGUGCUUGACCUUGCGCGCAAUAAAUUCCACGGUGAGAUACCUUCAUCAAUUUCUCAACUCCAGAAUCUCCAAAUGCUCCGCCUUUUUGAAAACAACUUCAGCGGAAUUGUUGAACUAGACAACUUUCUCAAGCUCAAACAGUUGCAAGUGCUGCAACUAUCAUAUAACAGGCUAUCAUGCCGCACUAGUAGUGCAAAUGUUAUUCUUCCUCAGCUUUUGGCCCUAGGACUAGCAUCAUGCAACUUGAGUGAGUUUCCGGCAUUCUUACAAAACCAAGAAUAUAUGGAUUGGUUGGACCUGUCAAAUAACAACAUUAAGGGAGAAGUGCCCUUUUGGGUGUGGAACGGCAGUUAUAAUGUUAUGCAGUACUUGAAUCUCUCUCAUAACUUCUUAACCGUUCUUGAUCAAUAUUACCCAAUCGAUCCUUUCCACAUGUACACAAUAGACCUAUCUCAUAACAUGUUGGAAGGAUCACUCCCUGAAGCACCACCCUCCAUAAUGUUUUAUGCAGUAUCCAACAAUAGGCUGACAGGAGCAUUGCCAUUGUGGAUCUGCAAUUUGAGUGCAGCAAUCACGUUAGACUUGUCUUCUAACAAUUUGACUGGUGUGCUUCCGAUUUGCUUGGGCAAUAUCAGUGAAUCUCUCAUGAUAUUGAACCUAAAAGGCAACAAUUUCCACGGAAGCAUCCCUGAGCUAUUGGUGACACGGACACAAUUGACCAUGCUUGAUUUGAGUGAUAACCAGUUGCAAGGCAAGCUACCGAGGUCCUUGGCUGAUUGCAAAAUGCUUGAGUUCAUCAACUUUGCGAACAAUCUUAUCAUGGACACCUUCCCAUCGUGGUUGGGAUCUCUACCAGAGCUUCAUGUCCUUUUGCGAUCCAAUAAAUUUCAUGAUGUCAUCGAAAGGCCUAAAUCUAGACCCACAUUCCUCAAGUUGCGGAUACUUGACCUCUCUAUUAAUGCAUUCGUCAGUAAGUUGCCUGUAGAAUUCUUUCAGUCUUGGAAUGCCAUGAAAUCCCAGAUAGGAAACCUUACAUACAUGCAUAAAAACCAACAGCCGAGAUGGUACCUUGACUUCACCCUCUAUGGCUAUUAUGAUUUCUCCAUGACAGUAAUUUACAAAGGGCUUAACUUGUCUUACCCAAAGAUAUCAGAAGUCUUCACGGUCAUCGACCUCUCUAGCAAUUUGUUCGAAGGAGAGAUCCCUAGUGCCAUAGGUGAUCUCAAAGGACUGCAAGGAUUGAACCUAUCCAACAAUUUCCUCACUGGUCACAUCCCGGCAUCAUUAGGGAAUCUCACGGCACUUGAGUCACUGGACCUUUCUCAAAACAACCUCUUGAGAAAGAUCCCCAGAAGCUAA